CUGUCAUCCCCAUGGCUUGCGCGCCCUUGUAGACAGCCUGGGGCCUUUGCGAGACCGGUGCAGGCCUGCGGUAGUCUCCUGUCUGGACAGAGAAUAGAAGAAUGCAAGACACCGGCUCAGUAGUGCCGUUGCAUUGGUUUGGCUUUGGCUACGCAGCACUGGUUGCUUCUGGUGGGAUCGUUGGCUAUGUAAAAGCAGGUAGCGUGCUGUCCCUGGCUGCCAGGCUGCUCUUCAGCAGCCUAGCCGGCCUGGGUGCUUACCAGCUGUCUCAGGAUCCAAGGAACGUUUGGGUUUUCCUAGCUACAUCUGGUACCUUGGCUGGCAUUAUGGGAAUGAGAUUCUACCACUCUGGAAAAUUCAUGCCUGCAGGUUUAAUUGCAGGUGUCAGUUUGCUGAAGGCCACCAAAGUUGGAGUUAGUAUGUUCAACAGACCCCAUUAGCAGAAGUCAUGUUCCAGCUUGCACUGAUGAAGAAUUAAAAAUCUGCAUCUUCCACUAUUUUCAAUGUAUUAACAGAAAUAAGUGCAGCAUUUUUGCAUCUGACAUUUUACCUAAAAAAAAAAAAAAAAAAAAAAAGACACCAAACUUGGCAGAGGGGUGGAAAAUCAGUCAUGAUUACAACUCUACAGAGGUGGCGAAUAUGUAACAGAAGAGCUUAAUAAGACCCUAACAGAGAUUGAUUCUUGUAUAUUGAUGUUAUCUCCUCUUUCCAUAUCUAUAGGUAAAUCUCAAGGAUAAAAUAUUAGAUGUCAACUUUGAGGGCCCUGAAAUCCCAUUCUGUGCUCUGAGGAGCAGUGUGAGAAAAUCUCUUAUGAGAUUUAGAAUAUCUGUUCUUUUGCUCAUCUUAGACCACAGACUGACUUUGAAAUUAUGUUUAGUGAAAUAUCAAUGAAAAUAAAGGUUACUAUAAA